AUGCACACAAAAGCAGUUUUGGCUCAGUUGUCAACAUCCGGAGGUGGGUCGUCGUCUCACCUGGACAACGAAGUGUGUGCGUGGCUGUGGAGUAGACUGCAAGAUGAACAGGAGAAACUGAAAGGUUGUCAGGCUGAGAGAGAACACGAAAUAAAACAGGUGGAGAAAUACGUGGAGGAUAUUCGGGCGUUGGCGGAGGAGAGAGACAGGCUGGUGAGUCAGUUGCAGGAGGACAACAGGUUGCUGAAGAGUGAACUCAUCCACACCAAGACACCCACACAGCGCAUGAACAAAUGGUACCUUGAGCAGGGCAACUUCGACAGGGACAACCUGUUUCCCCUGUCUCAACUUCCCCUCCCAGCCCAGUUUGAUUUCUUGCUUGAGGAACAGACGAAUCUCAGGGAGAGCUUCCAGAAACUACAGACACUCUACCAGAGUGAGAAAAAUGACUCGGAUCUGUGUCGGAAGAAACUGGAGGAGACAGUCUCCCAACAGAAGAGAUUGAGAGAGGAGUUCAAGCAGUACAAGUUGGAGAAGGAGACAGAGGUGGAGAUACUGAGAACAGACAGGAGUAGCAGUGAGAGCACACACUCCAAAGAGAGGAAGGGGUUGAGGAAGGAGAACAAGAACCUACAGAACCAGCUUUUAAACCUUCAGCACUCCAAGGACAAAGAAUCAGUGGAGUUGCGGAAGACGAUCAAAGACUUAGACGAAGAGACAGACAGACUGAACUUGGAAUGUAGAUCCCUGAAAAACAACUGCGAACAACUGAGAUUAUCCCUAGAACUCAAAGAAGAGGACUUACAGCGAACAAGAGGUCAGCUGACGUCAUCAGAGGAGAAACUGAAGGCGACGACUGAGAGUCACUCGAGCGACGUGUCAAUUCUGCAUCAGACCAUGGAGAACAUCCUCUCUUCACGGGACACAGAGAGUGAGCAGCUAGUGUGCUCGCUGAGGGCAGAGAACGAGAGUCUGAAGGAGCGGGUGGAGCAGUUCCAGACAGAUGUGGAGAGGAACAGGGGGGAGGUGGAGGGACUUGAGGAGAGACUGAGGGAGGCCAAGGCACUGUGUCAGGAGAAGAGUCAGGAGACGGAGAAGAUACAGAAACUACUGCAGACCAAAAUUGCCAGCAUCAAAGAUCAACUACAGAACCAAGAAAGCAAGGAUAAAGAUGAAAUUGAGCACCUGAAAAAAGAAAAACAGAAGAUUUUGAAAGAAAAAGAUUCUUUGGACACAGAGUUGUCGAGAUUGAAGAAAGAGUUUGAGAUUAAAGUGGGAGAGACUGAGGAUCAGAUCAAGGCACUGCAGACUCAGCUGGAGCUGAAGGAGAAGACCAUUCAGACCCUCAAGACUACCCAAAAGGCACUCAUCGAGGAGAUAACUGGGUUUCGGCAAGAGCACGAGGAGCUGGCCUCCCAGCUGUCCUCCCUCAAACUGGGCUACUCUUCAGAUGUGACGUCACAGAGUAGGGAGAUGGAGGCGAAGAACAAGGCUCUGAGGGAGGAGUUGCAGCAGAUGAAGGAGCAGAUCAGACAGAGGAACGGAGAAAUACACAAACUGGAGCUGGAGUUGAACAGUGUACGCAUUCUAUUGACGAGGGAGAAAGAGGACAACUCUCUGGUGGUGGAGAAGAUGAAGAAACAACUCACUCAGAAGGACACUCAGGUGCAGGAGUUGAUGAAGGAGCGACAGGCAGACAAAGAGAGGUUCUACGAGAAGCUGCAAUCCUACAAGUCGAAGCGAGAGGAAUUAGAAGAAGACCUGGACAACCACUCUUUUGGAUCCAGCAGCCACAAAGACAACAACACAUCCACGCCUAAGCUACACAGGGCAACAGUGGGAGGAAAGAAUGGGGGAGGGGGAAGCGGGAAGUUCUCACUCAAAGAUAAGAAUGAGUUGGUGGACAUGAACAAGGAGAACCUUCUGGAACAUUGUCUGGUGCUGCAGUUUGAGAUGCACGAACUACUGGCAGAGUUGGACAAACUGACUCAGAAGCAGGACGAGGACUUCACCCGGAACCUACAGCUGAAGAGCAGAUACAAGGAAAAGUGCGACAAGCUCAAAGACCAGUCGGCAAAGCAGCGUCAGUUGGCGAGUGAGAAGAUCUCCUCUCUGGAGCACAAAGUGACCUCACUCAACCUGGAACUGAGCCAUCAGACCAGCCUUCGCUCCUCAGUAGAACAGAUGCUCAAGAGAGUCAAUGAGGAUAAACGGGAUCUAUCAUCAAAACUUGAAUCUGCCGUGGAGGAGAAUAAAUCGCUCUCUCGGUCUCUCACUUCGAGCGAACGGAACUUGCGAGACUGGCAGCACGAGAAUGAAACACUGAAGGAAAAGUUGUCGGCCACAGUCGACGAGAAAAUCAACCUGGAGCGAAAUCUGAAAGAAUACGAAAUGAAACUCUACAAUGGAAACGUGAGUCCGAUGAAUACAUUGAGAAGUAGCGGAUACGGCAACUCACUCUCCAUUUUUGCAUCACACUGAGACUUCAAAGGCUAACAAGUUACCCCUAAUAAAACCAAGAAGCCCCUGUCCAAUACCUCGUGGACACAUCUGCCUAGUGACAUGAGGACUGGAUAUGAUUUUUAAUAUCAGAUAUUGAAUUUAUAUCGUGCUUAAAUUUUAAGCGGAACCAUUUUAUACGAAGUUGUAUAAUUAAACUUAUGGAAUAAUAAUCAUUCUUCGAAUUUGCUAAUUUGGUACAAGCUGAAUUAUAUACUGUAAUAUAAUUUUUUUGUACAUUCUCA